AUGUCAUCAAACACAGCUGAAACUGUGAAAAGAGCCAGAGAACUGAGGGAAUUGGGAGUUUACCCUAUGGUCCUCAUGUCCCAAAUGGCUACACUUAUUAUGGACAUUAUUGCUGGAACAUAUCAAGUAAUUGAAGCUAGUGCUGACUUAUUGUUUGAUGGUAGAAGCUAUUGUAGCCUCGGAAUCCAUACGAGACACUGGAGCAAUAAUUUAGAUAACAUAACUCGUUUUCUAAUACUAGCAAGAGAACCUAUAAUCCAAGGAAUUGACAAGCCCCAUAAGACGAGCAUUGUGUUUACAUUAGAAGAAGGCCCGAGGGUCUUGUUCAAUGGCUUAGUUGUGUUUGCUCUAAGGGAUAUCAACUUAUCAAAAGUAACCUUCUCAACAACAUCAUUCUACUUAAGCAGGUGAUUAACCAAGAUUAAGGGAGAUUUUUAAUCAUGUUUGGC